AUGUUUGAUGAUAGCGAGCGUACGUGCAGCAUGUCGGAUGAUGAUUCCAGCGAACUCGUACCUCGUCCCGCGGAUCGCGAGACGGAAGCCCCGGAGGACAUGGUGGGAAUCGAAAUGGAGGCCUUGAACAAGGGAAACAGCAAAAAGAGUGCAAAAGUUAUCAGUGUGGUGACACUCCGAGAGGGAGCCCGCAUCACCAAGACUGCGAUGUUGCUGGUCAUCAGCGUGCUGGGUGUUGCCGCGGCCCUCACCUGGAUGCAGUUUCAUCAUGCACAGUCAUUUGGUGGUCUCCUUCAAGAUCCAGGCACUCCUGACUCCAACAUUACCAAGGUGCCCAAGCCAGAAAACACUGUCUCUCCAGUUGCAAAGUCACCCCAGCAGGUUGCCAAACCAGCCGUCUCGGCAAACAAGAAGAAUAGCAAUGACCCCAAGCAGCACGAAGCCAUCAAGCAGGGUACUGCCAUUGAACCUAAGACAGCCAAAAAGCAAGGAGGUGCCCAAAAGAACAAGCCGAAUGCUGCUCGAGAGCCAAACCAGAAAGCAGCCCAAGAACCCCAGCAGCACGAGGGAGCCCAUCAGAACAAGCAGAAUGCUGCUCCAAUGCCAAACCCAAACGCAGUCCAAAAGCCCCAAAAGCAGGCAGGGGGGCCGAAGAACAACAAGCAGAAUUCUGCUGUGCCAGAGCCGAACAAGAAAGUAGCACAAAAGCCCAACCAGUCUCCACUGGACACGAACCAUCCCGGAGCUCCAAAGCCUCAGCAACAGCAGCAGCAGUCUCAUCAGAAUGCUGCAACGCAACCGCAACAGCCAAUGCAGCAGGCAAAUCACGGGAAUGGCAUGCAAGCAGCUCAGCAGCAGCAGCAGCAGCACCAAGCUCGCAACCAUCAAACUCAACAAACUCACAACCAUCCCCAGCAACAGCAACAGCAACAGAAGACACAGACGACGACGGGCCCACAGCAAGGUCCGAAGCCAGGUCCGCAGCAAGGCCAAGAGCCGCAACCCAAGGAUGGCGAACAGAGCAACCAACUAUCCAAACCAACCUUAGCGGCUGAAACACCGGUAACUGGCACAUCAGGCGAACCUGUACCGGUAGCAAACAAGAUGAACGUAAGGAACCGUCCCAACAACGCAAUGAUCAUGAUGGCGGGGAAGUUGAGCAACAGCAACGACCACGUGGGUAAGCAAUUGAAAGAUGAUAAGAAUCUAUGGCAGCAGACGGAACGCCGUCACAAGAAUGGACCACGCGGCAACCCAAAACCCAAUGGAAAGCCACAAAAAUCGAGUGUAAGCGGCGACAGCCGACAUGGUGGAGGCAUGAUGCAUCACGGGAUGAUGAUGCGCCACAACGGGAUGAACCAAGACGCUUAUCAUCCCACGAGACCAGACCAGGAGGAGAUUCCGGAGAUUCCGGAGCAGCAACAACAAUCCCAGACGUCCAAGAAUGGGCUGUUGGUGGAUCUUUGGGGUUUUGCUUCCUCUCUAGCCCCGAAAGUUCCACAUGGACCUCAGGAGGCUGCUAUGUCGCCCGAGAAUGAGCCGCAUGAGCAACAACAAGAGCCUCCUUCAGCUUUGCGCAAACAUCCCAUUGACCGUCCCAAUGACGAGAAUAGGAAUAACAAUAAUAUGGAUAACCGCAACGGGGGUGGGAAACGAAAGCACCAGAUGAAGCGCCACGGUGGAAUGCUAUGA